AUUGAAAAAAUUUGGGAUCUGCAGAAUAUUGGCUUCCCAUCGAUGUUUAGACUCAACCAUCGCUGGUAAGCCAAUUUUCCUUCAGUUUUGAAGUCAACGGUCGCCUACCCAUCGAUGGGUACAAGCUUCCCAUCGCUGGGUGGGAGGUUGACUUCCAAACAAGGAAAGAAUCAACCUUUAAUGACCACCAACGGUCAUGCCUUCCCAUCGAUGGUAUACCCUUACCAUCGCUGGGUUCCCAUCGAUGGGACAGGUUUCCCAUCGCUGGGCAAGGUCGUUCUGCCUUGUGUUAAUUUUGCACCAAGGCUUGAACAGCGAUGGGUAGAACUUCCCAUCGCUGUUUGGCAUGGUUCUGGAAAUUUGUUUGGCUAAGGGACCGCUUACCCAUCGAUGGGAAGAUCUUCCCAUCGCUGGGUGGGUGGUUAGUCAGGAACCCAUGGUUUUUGCCUUAACCACGGCCUAGCCAACCGAUGCGAAAACCGACCGAAAAAUUCAAAGUUCUCCAAAAUAAAAACCAAGUGUUUAGAAUACUUAUUUGAUGUAUUUGGCUAAGAAAUCAAGUAAGACACUUUAAAAACCACGUCAUUUGAGUGAAAACCACGGCUAGCCGAGUUUAUGCCGUUUUGAAUGAUUUUUGUCAAACGACCAAAAGCGAAAGAUGGUUUUCAAGGUGUUUUUGUUGGAGAACCGUUUAAACAUGCCAAAGAGUGAAAACCAAUCAUAAAAAGUUGAAAACCACUUGGUUGGUUCGGACGCCAAAAACCCUAGCCGAUAACCGGGAGCCGAACGCCGGUUUCUGAAACCCGAACGCCGGAUGGCUUGGUUUUUGGUUUGGGCGAACACCAAGUGUUUUUAAUGACUUAAACAUGUUUGAAAAACAUUUUUAUGAUUUAGGGAAUGUAAAGAAGGAUUUUAGCCUAAAGAGCCAAUGCGUGAGGGUUGGGUCGGUCUUGAUUACAAUUAUGACCGACUCAACAAAGCUAAGGACUUCGG